AUGACAGUCAUCCAUGGUAUCAAUUCCAAAGGCACAAGAACAAUCAUACGCAAAGGGUUGAGAAUAGUCAUGUUAGAUCUGCUACAUUCUGGUCACAUGGGUGUAGAGAAAUGUCGUAGUCGAGCCAAGGAUAUCAUGUUUUGGCCUGGCUUAAGUUCAGACAUUUCUGAAUUAGUCCUAAACUGUCCUACGUGUUUAGAGUUGAGAAAUUCGAACGCGAAAGAACCCAUGCUACCCCGCGAGAUACCUGCACGACCAUGGCAGAUAGUCGCCACUGAUCUCUGUGCAUGGAAUGAUCAGGGUUUUGUAGUCGUUGUAGACUAUCACAGUCGCUAUUUUGAGGUCUCAAAACUUUCCUCCACUACCAGUGCAGCUGUCAUAUCCAAACUUAAAGAACUCUUCUCGAGGUUUGGUAUACCAGAGAAAAUUAUCUCUGACAAUGGUCCCGAAUACUCCAGCGAGAAAUUUCGGGAGUUUGCAAAAACUUGGGAUUUCAACCACGAAACCUCUAGUCCACACCACCCCCAGUCAAACGGUUUAGCAGAGAAAACUGUCCAGACUAUCAAACGUCUAUUUACUAAAGCUAUAAGGCUGAUGGUAGAGACCCCUAUAUUGCCCUACUAG